GCCGCGCCGGAGGAGGGCUUCCUCGGCCGGGCCGGGGGAGGUUCACAGUGGAGUUGGGGCCGGGGAGGAAGAAGGAGCGCUGCCGGAAGCGGUGGAGUGGUGGCGGCGCUGGAGCCCGCGGAGCACCGCGGGCAGCAUGUAGCUGGGUGACAGCCGCCGGAGCGCGCCGCCGACGGCCGUCUGCCUCGCCCCCGGUGCGACAGCCGCUGAGGGGGCCGGUGCGACGGGUCGGGAGCCUCUCUGGGCAGGCGGAGGGGGCGGCAGCCGCGCCUCGCUUGUCCUCUUCCACACUUUCGCCUCUGCCCUCAGCGCCGUCUCUCGGCGCGGCCCGCCCUCAGCCGCCCGCCGGGGCCGCCGCAGCGGCUGCUGCCAUGGGGCUGCCCACGCUGGAGUUCAGCGACUCCUACUUGGACAGCCCAGAUUUCAGGGAGCGCCUGAAGUGUCACGAGAUUGAGCUGGAGAGGACGAACAAGUUCAUCAAGGAGCUGAUUAAGGACGGCAGCCUUCUCAUCGGAGCCUUGCGGAAUUUAUCCAUGGCAGUGCAAAAAUUUUCACAGUCUUUGCAAGAUUUCCAGUUUGAAUGCAUUGGAGAUGCUGAAACUGAUGAUGAAAUUAAUAUUGCCCAGUCACUAAAAGAGUUUGCUCGGCUCUUGAUUGCUGUUGAGGAGGAGAGGAGACGACUGAUCCAGAAUGCUAAUGAUGUGCUAAUAGCACCGCUGGAGAAGUUUCGUAAAGAGCAAAUAGGAGCAGCAAAAGAUGGCAAGAAGAAGUUUGACAAGGAAAGUGAGAAAUAUUAUUCCAUCCUAGACAAGCACUUAAAUUUAUCAGCAAAGAAGAAAGAAUCUCAUUUGCAAGACGCAGAUACACAAAUUGACAGAGAACAUCAAAACUUUUAUGAAGCAUCGUUAGAAUACGUUUUUAAAAUUCAAGAAGUGCAAGAGAAAAAGAAAUUUGAAUUUGUAGAACCUCUCCUGGCCUUUCUUCAAGGAUUAUUUACGUUUUAUCAUGAAGGAUAUGAACUGGCACAGGAGUUUGCACCAUACAAACAACAACUGCAGUUCAAUUUACAGAACACACGGAAUAACUUUGAAAGCACUAGGCAGGAAGUGGAGAGACUCAUGCAAAGAAUGAAAUCAGCCAACCAGGAUUACAGACCACCGAGUCAAUGGACAAUGGAAGGCUAUCUCUAUGUGCAAGAGAAACGACCUCUUGGAUUUACAUGGAUAAAACAUUACUGCACUUACGAUAAAGGAACAAAAACAUUUACAAUGAGUAUAGCUGAAACAAAAUCUGGUGGAAAAGUGAAUGGCCUUGUCACAAGCUCACCUGAAAUAUUCAAGCUGAAAUCUUGCAUCAGGAGAAAGACAGAUUCAAUUGACAAACGGUUCUGCUUUGAUAUUGAAGUAUUUGAGAGACCUGGAAUCAUCACACUGCAAGCUUUUUCAGAAUCCAACAGAAAACUUUGGCUGGAAGCCAUGGAUGGAAAGGAACCAAUCUACACAUUGCCAGCCAUUAUUAGCAAGAAGGAAGAAAUGUUCUUAAACGAAGCAGGUUUCAACUUCGUGAGGAAAUGUAUUCAUGCUGUAGAAACAAGAGGUAUUACAAUCCUGGGGCUCUACAGAAUAGGUGGUGUAAACUCCAAGGUACAAAAGCUGAUGAAUACCAUAUUUUCCCCUAAAUCUCCUCCUGAUAUGGAUAUUGAUAUGGAACUUUGGGACAAUAAAACAAUAACAAGUGGACUAAAAAACUACCUCAGGUGUCUUUCAGAACCACUGAUGACUUUCAAGCUGCACAAAGAUUUCAUUGUUGCAGUUAAGUCAGAUGAUCAGAACUACCGAGUUGAGGCAGUGCAUGCACUUGUGCAUAAGUUACCAGAGAAGAACAGAGAGAUGCUGGACAUCCUUAUCAAGCACUUGGUCAAGGUAUCAUUACACAGUCAGCAAAAUCUAAUGACUGUAUCCAACCUUGGUGUUAUCUUUGGACCAACUCUGAUGAGAGCACAAGAAGAAACCGUGGCUGCUAUGAUGAACAUUAAGUUUCAGAAUAUCGUCGUUGAAAUUCUGAUAGAGCAUUAUGAAAAGAUAUUUCACACUGCACCAGACCCCAAUAUUCCUCUUCCCCAACCUCAGUCCCGAUCAAGUUCAAGAAGGACGAGGGCGAUUUGUCUCUCCACAGGUUCACGUAAACCCAAAGGAAGAUACACACCCUGUCUAGCAGAUCCUGACAGUGACUCGUACAGCAGUAGCCCAGACAGCACACCCAUGGGCAGCAUUGAAUCUCUUUCUUCUCACUCUUCUGAGCAAAACAGCACCACCAAAUGCACACCCUCACAGCCCAGGGAGAAAUCGGGAGGGAUUCCAUGGAUCGCCUCUCCCCCUUCUUCCAAUGGCCAAAAGAGUUCAGGCCUCUGGACUACAAGCCCAGAGUCCUCUUCAAAGGAGGAUGCAACCAAAACAGAUGUGGAGUCAGACUGCCAAAGUAUAGCUUCAGUCACUGGACCAGAGAGUGCCUCUCCACCAGCAGACCUGACCAAAAAGAGUUCUUACAGUCUGUCUGCACUGAAAAGGUCUUCAGCAUCUUCCCUUAGGUCAAUUCCAUCAGCUGAAGGUAACAAAAGCUGCAGUGGAUCUGUACAGAGCUUAUCUUCAACAGAUACCAAAGAUACACCAAAGGUUUCUCCAAACCCUGAUUUGCCUCCCAAAAUGUGCAGGAGGUUAAGAUUAGAUACUGCAUCAAGUAACGGUUAUCAAAGACCAGGAUCAGUAGUGGCUGCACGGGCUCAGUUGUUUGAAAGUGCUGGUUCACUUAAACAAGUUUCUUCAGGACGGCAAGCAAAAGCCAUGUACUCUUGUAAGGCUGAGCACAGUCAUGAGCUGUCGUUCCCACAGGGGGCAAUAUUUUCAAAUGUGUACCCGUCAGUGGAACCAGGCUGGUUAAAAGCAACUUAUGAAGGCAAAACGGGACUCAUUCCUGAGAAUUAUGUUGUCUUCCUCUAGUAAUCUUUAGUGGACAGCAAUAUCUUCAUGGUAUCCAUGGUAACAAAUAAUAAGCACUGUGAUUUUUAUCUGACACAGAUAUGGGAUCAGCCAGUUAGCUGAGUGGUAGAUCUCCUUCAGAUACUGCAGCUGCAGGUUACACAGCUCCCUGCCAACGGAACAGAAUGUAAUGAAACAGUUAACAGUUUCUGUACUGAAGAAGGUACUCUGUUUAAAUAACUUUCAUUGUUUGCAAAAGGUUGUCCUGUUCUUCUUAUAAGGGUAAGGAACACUAAAGCAAUAAAAUCAAAAAACUUGCCGUUUAGCUGCAGACUUUCAGGUCCUAGGAUGUUGCUCACAGAAGUGUGACAUUUAGAGGCAGUGCACUCUAUGGCAUUUCUUCAAGCUAUGUUUAUUAAUAUGGAAAAUUGGGAUUUUUCCAUAAUGUAAGUAAUGCUUCUCUUGUGAUCUGAAUUCUCCAUUAGAAAACCUCAUUCUAAAAUUAGUCCUUAUCAUUUCAGAUAAGAACUUAGUUUUUCAUAAGUUUGAACUUCUCUUCUGUUGAGUUUACAAAAUGAUACAGGAUUUACACAACUGAUAAUAAAAUCAGUUUAUACACUGUCCGAGCUGUAAGUGCUCAUACAAAAUGUGAUAUGUUUAAUCAAUAUUUAAUUCAAAUACUCUUUAGAUUUAUCUCCUUAUUUCUCUAUCAGUAUAGAUGAUAUAAACAGCUUUUAUUUCUAUGAUACCCUUCAUCUGGAAGAUAAUCUCGGUGUAUCUCUGAACAAUAUCUCUAGAAAACAAAGAGAUGCUGUAUCUGGGAUGAUUGGUAAUCACGGGAAGUGAGCAGUGAAAAACAGUAGUGUGCUUCCAAACCUGAAAUAGAUUGUAACUGAGUCCUUUCCCAACUUUCCCCUUUGCAAGUAAGACAAAUGGCCUGUGAAGUAGCUAAUUUUGUAAGCUAUGAAUGCUGAAAACUCCAUGUAGCAAUAGUAGCGGUUAGUAUUAUUUCUCCUGACUUCUGCUAAAGGAUUUGACAAAGAUCUCUCCCCUUCCACAGAGUAAAACAGCCUUGCUUUUGUAAAGUUUUGUAAAGACCCCUUGAUUGGUCCUGCUAAGACUAAAAAAAAAAUAAAUCCAAACUCAAAAAAAGCCUCAAACCCAUAAGUAGCUUUCUCACUCAGAGAAUCUUUCUUAAACAUCUUGAGGGAAAACAUGCACUGCUUGCUUGGCUGCUUUUCAGUCAUGACAGAUUGAAUACCAAGAUACUUAAGCUUUAUGUUAGUAAUUCUUCAACAUUAGUGCUACAGAAAGAAUUCAUGGGUUUGUAGAUGUAUCAAAGCUUAGUUCUUUCCUCAGUAACAGAAGGUAAUAUAUAAAUCUCCUGUUGAUUUCUAAGUUGUACACUAGUUACAGAAAGUUUAAGGAAGAAUUUCUACUUGGACUGAAAAUAUCAGUAAUGUUUUAAUUGCUUCUUUUUCCUUUCCAUUGCCUUUUUCUUGUUUAAAUUAGAAAUUAAGCUCUAUUGCCAACAUAGAGGCACAUCAGAACCUUCUUUACUUGUAUGUAGUACAUGAUUUCUGCAGAGCAAUUCUCUGUUGGAAUUCAUGGUGAUGGCAAAAGCCUGUAGGAUCCUUCUCCUCGCUAGUUAAAGGAUCAAGUGGUGAUUAGGGAGAGAUUUAGGUUGGAAGAGGAUUCUCCUAAAACUGGUCUAGCUUUUCUGAGGAGACUCUGGGCAAGACUCUGGGCCGUUGAGGACAGACUUCAGUUGAAUUACUGACUGAGUGAUCUGGGAUUUGUCUUCACUCUGAACAGUCUCAUUAAGUCAUUUCACCUUAAGACCAUUGUGAUGAGGAGUUCAUCCAGUCAUUAUCACACUGAAAGAAGACGUGUGUGUGCUCAUGUAACUUGCCCAGACCAAAUGUAAACCUAAAUGAAGACAAGAUCUUUUCUCACCAGAUUGAGCCUUUCUUAGUGUUAAGGUAAGCCAAGUUUCCUUAGUGUGAGCUCUGCCUCAAACUGCCAUUGCCCUGAGAAGAUCAACAUGGUUUUGUUUGUGCUUUUGUUGUAUUUCACAAUGCAAAACUCACAGUCUGCCAAAAUCUUACCUCUGGUGACCUUCCUGGGAGAAGUGCUUCUGCAGGCAAAAAACAACAGAAAGGGAGGCAGAGAAAUGCAGUGGUCUGGGGAAAAAUCCCAACUUCUCUCUCUUGCUGAGGGGUCAGUGGCAAACUGUGCUAAACAUUCUUUGAUGACUUGUUAUACUUCUUAGGAGCAGUUUAAUUGUUGUGAAAAUCUUGAGGAACGGUGAAAUGGCGAGUGCUUGCUCUUGUUUUGCUUUAGCCUGGUUUAAAAAGAAGAGGGGAAAAGCUAACCUUAGGUAUCUCAAAGCCUGUGUACAUGCUUGUCUGUUCUCCAGUAUUAUGUGUUGAAACCCGAGUGCAAGCUCGAGGACUCAGAAGUGACCAGCUCAUUAAGAAUUUCAGAAAAACACGAAGUUCAGUUACAGAUUAAGUAAGUAGAGCAUGUAAGUGCCGAGGGAAAGACUGUAGAAAGACCUGGAGGAGUCCCUGUGGAGAGGUGUGCUGUCUGUUGCCAUGCAUCCAUCUCAAGCUAGGCAAAAUUGUGGCAGAAGGCAACUACAUAAGAAAGUGCAUCCCCCUCAUUCUGCUGCUCACAAAACAAAUCCUGUGAUUUCACCUGUCUGCAGACUCAGCACUCCUCAGGCCUUUCUUCUCAACAAGUCAUGAUGAUCACAUAAAUAAUUUUAAAGUAGCUCAGCUUGAAAAUGCCUUUUUCACCUGGAACAGGUUAUGCCCAUUCUUAAUUACAGUUACCUACUCACUCCUAAUGAGUAGGGGUUUUCAUGUUUUUGAAAUGCAAUUUUUUUUUCCUCUCUUCUGUGGUACAUGACAAACACUUUCUGUAUAAUCUCACUGCUGGGCUGUGUAUGUCCCAGCUCUUCCCUGGCUUUCCAAGAGGGAGUUUAUCUCUACAGAAAGCUGUACAAAUAACUGGAGAGUUAAGUAGCUAGUUUCAAAGACUGAAAUAGAGGAGAGAGCAGGCAUCACCAAAACGUGUUUAGUGAUGAACCCUCAGGCCUGACAAAAAAUCCCUUGUGAUUAUUGCAAAGGAUCAGAAACCUACAUAACAUUUAAAUGAAGAUGUAAUAUCUUGAUAGUACCUUACCAGAAAACUUAGGCAAGCUGAACUAAAUUAGUUCAUAGUAUUGAUUUACUGUUUAUGAGAGUCAGAUUCACUCUACGAGCAAAGGUUGUGCAAUGUUUUAGCUGUUAUUAUCCUUCCUAAAAUGAUGCAACAUGGUUCUUUCCAAGUACCACUGUAGGUCUCAAGGUAGAUGACACGUUGUGGUUGCUGUUAGUCUUGUGGAAAUAGUGCCUGUACCCACAACUUAUGUAAUUAGACAUGUUUUUUCUUAAAUCUUUCGAUACGUGUUGCAGCACAACAUGAAUCAAAUUAAUAGCGUGAAGGACUGAUAUAUUGUAUGAUACAUAUGUAAAGUAUAUUAAUAUUUUGUAUUCACACUUUUUAUUAAUGAUGAUAAAGAUGAAAAGAUAUUUUUUGUGUAAUUCCUAUGAGUUCAGUAUUAAAAUGUCCUUGCCAUAUUUUGGCAUUUAGAGUUAUAUAUAAGAAAACUCUUAAAUUAAACCAUAGCUAUCACUUACGUCCCUCACUAAUCUGUAACGUUGUUUGAUUAUUUCUGGGGGAAAAAAAAAGGAUGCAUGGAUCUGCUGACCAGCUCUAUUCUGUGAUAGUAACUUAUUUUCCUUUUAUAUAUUUUCUGGUGCUAAUCUCUCUUCUUUGCCUUCAGUUGGAUUGAAUUGUAGUGUGCCUUUAGGAAAGACAUGUUACAAGAUGAAAAGUUGUGAAAUUCAGCAGUUCAGAGCAAUAAUUACAAAAAAACAAAGGCAUUGUAUGGCAGUAACUGGAUAUUUUUUUUGUAGCUACAUUUCUCCACUGGUCUGUUUUCUACUUAAUAAAAUUGCAUCAGAAUAAGUAAUAAAACUAAAAAGCAUAUUAUUCUUCAAAUUCCCUUUUCCUAAGACAGUAGUUUGUACAAUUUUGGAUUGAGCAGCAAGAAGAGAAAUCCCAGCUGGGGACCACAUCCCCAGACUGGAGUGAUGGCAAGUCUCAGAGCUCCAGUGAAGUCAAAGACAGACCUUUGGCAAUUCAUAGUGAGGUUUUCCUAGCCAGAAACCCCCAAGAAGUAAACGGAGUAUUCUGUUAAUGCGGUAAUACAUGCUAUGGCUUGGCAGUAUCCUUUCUCUCAGCAGAGGUCAAUUGCCAGAGCCCAAGCUAUUGGCAACGUUCAGUCUCGUUCUUUGUGGUCACACAGCCCUUCCAGUUACUGCUUCUGCUAAAGUCAGGCUGUUGAUCAGGCUGUUUCAGUACAAGUUGGGAGGUCUCUUUUUUUUUUUGGAUAGGAUUUUGCAUGGACUUGGGGAGUUUGCUUUGUUUUGUUUUAAUAUGAUGCUUGAUAUCCAAACAGCUGCUAAUUCAAUGUCAUAAUUCAGUCGAUGAAGCAUUGUUUUUCUUGUCCUGUAUGUGGCAGUGUUUAAUAAGCCAUUGGAUUAUCCUCAUUAAGUAUAGAGAAUAGUGCUUCAACCCUUGGAUGUUUCAGCCAAAAGCUAUUCUGCAUCUGAGCUUUUUACUAGUGUUUUCUUGGGAACUGUCAUUCAAGUUCUGACACUAAGGACAGCACUGCGGUCUCAGCACUACAAAAGUUUCUGUUAUAGCAGAGGGCAAAGCAGCUGAACAGGACACAUGGAUAGUUUCAGUUUUCAAUCAUAUUUAUGAUCAUUUUCGAGGUAUUAGAGUUUAUAGAGGUUACUUUAGAUACUAUAUGGUAUUUUAAUAGGAAAGUAUAUGCAAUCAAUAACUAUAUAUAUAUUUAAUAAAUUCCUACUAAAUUAUCCUAUUGAACUCUUUGUUUAUUUUGUAGUUUGGUUUCAAUAAUUAUCUGCACUCUGUAUAUAUCUACAUGUAAAUAACUGGCAUGACAUGCAUAAGCUGACUUUGCAGACCUAAUUCUGUGUUGUACUUUACACUGUAUUGCAAAAAUCUGAAAAAACUGUCAGAAUAAAAAGCCUUUCUUCACAAA